AUGUCUCCGCCUCUUCCCCCAAUUACCCCGCAGCACCGUCGCGACGGCUUUCGAAACUUCCUCAACAACUUGAACCAGAGAUACGGACUCCAAAUUCCUAUCCCGCAGGAUUGGUCACUUGUCGCACUUGGAAAGGAAACAUCGCCGCUACGGGCCGUUUUCAAAGGCCUCCGAAUUCUUUAUUAUGGACAUCGACCCGUCAUCGAAGACAUCCUCGCCAAUUUCGACGAAUGGAUUGCGGGGACUCAAGAAACGCGCACCGGGCGACGGUGGAGCUUUGAACGGUGGAGCUUUGAACCGCAAGUAUUUAACGACAAGGUCAGAGAUGAGCGAGUGCAAUAUCUACGACACUUGAUCGAGGAUCAACUGUAUUUGCUCAACAAUAACCCUUCGUUCUCGAAUAAGCAUGCCCCUAAGUAUUCGACAGAAAAGACUCCAGAUUUCUCACCGAAGAAGCGUCGGAUUUCUAAUGAAGACGAUGAAGAGUAUUACACUGCGCCCAACUCGCCCGUCAAACGGGGCCAACCCCUUACGCCUGACCUAAUGCAGCUGGAUAUCUCUGAAUAUGGCGAGCCAGGUUUCCGCCGACAGACUGACCGGGCGCAGGCGAAGAGAGCGCCUACUUUCAUGGAGAAACUCACAGCCGGUCAGUCCGCUCCACGCAAUGAAUCUAUGGAACUUCGUGAUGCGCCGCCUCCCGCCUCGGAUGCAAUGGAUACAAGCUUCUCGACCGUCACAAGCUCGACCUCGUUUGCAUCACGCAGCACUCGGCAGGGGGAGUCUUUCGCAACCGACAUAACCGAGCCGAUUGAAACCCAGUCAACGUAUGUGGACUCUGUUGUCGGCAUGUUCAUCGAACAGGAGAUGAGUAUGAAUGUUGACAUACCUGCCUCAGGUGGAACGGCAGACUCUCUACAAGACAACCUUAUCGCCCAGCUACUGCGAGAUGGGCCUUUCUCCAUUGAUCAAUCGUUUUCAGAGAAGAUUCCAUUGCGAUGCCGCUACGAAUUGGAACGCAUUGGACGUGCCUGGAAUGUUCCACUCGAUCAAAGACUGAAGAGUUCAGAGAUCUAUUCCGACCAUGACGGAUUCUGGGCAUGGGUACAAGGCCAUAGUCAACGAGGAGACCGUCUUGUCCCAGAAAAGUCCCCGCACCGAGCUUGGGAUGCCGCUGUUGGUGACUUCAAGACGGGCCGACACUCGGAAGUCGUGGUCAUGACAGGAGACCUAGAUUGGUGCGCAAAGAAUGAACCUGGGAUUUUCAAGUUGAAAUUGAACCCCUUCAGACUGGAGCGUACCUGUCGCUUCCACCGACGAUUUGGAUCCGAUCGGUUCUUAACAUUGACCAUGCCCGCGGCAGCUCGUCCUCCCGAUCAUCUCAGGUUCGAUGACCAAACGCCCGUUCUUCGAGAGAGUAUCGCCGCUUGGUUGACGCGGAAUGAUCAUUAUUGUCUAGGUCGCGUUUGGCGGGCAUUCUUCGUGGAAGAAGUCAAGUCGAAGAAGAAAGUAAAGGCCGACCCCCGCUUUCGAGUCGAAUUCUUCGCCGUCGACGGUAUAGAUUUCCUCCAUAGAUCUAUUCGGUCGUCAAUUGCACCACCGCACCAAGCCAGCGACAAGCACACACCCAUGAGCGUGGAGGAUCUGCUCGAAUGGCACAUGCCCUCCGCUGCCAAUCGCAAUCAGAUGGUCAUUCCCCGUACUCGAGUCAUCAGCCUGCCAGACAUUCGAAAGCCCGUCAUGAACGAUGGAUGCGCGCUCAUGUCCCGGAACCUGGCAAAGCAGAUCUGUGAGCAACUUGGUAUCCAGAGCGACAUCCCAAGUGCCUUCCAAGGCCGGAUUGCAGGCGCCAAAGGUCUUUGGAUGGUCGACAGUGAAAGAUCGAAACACCGCGUCUUCAGCGAGAAUGGCGGGGAUGGUAUCUGGAUCGAGAUCUCUGAUUCACAGUUGAAAAUCAAGCCGCAUCCGGUCGAUUGGAAAGAUCCGGUUGAUGAGGAGAAGCUCACAUCUGAGGUUGUCAAUUGGUCCAAGCCUUUGCACCCGGUUGAUCUAAACAUUCAACUACUGGGCAUUCUUGAAUACGGUGGACAUGUCAAAGAGUAUAUUGCCAAGCUCACUCACGACAGGAUGUGGGCAUUGUAUCAUGACUUUGCACAUGUUUUACAAAUGAAUGAUGCUGUUCUGUGUCGAAGCCUCCUUCAGAAACUCCGCCCGUCUGGAGAGGAUGGACCGAAUAAGGCGCAACGCAUGGAGCAGUGGAUGAUAAGCGAUGCAGAAUAUAUCAUCCGACUGUCAGAGGCUGGCUUCAAGCCCCAACAAUUCUGGCCACUCCGAAGGCGCCUGCGGAGAUAUCUUGAGUACCUUCUCGAGCGACAUGUAGAAGAACUGCACAUCCGGGUGCCUCUGUCAACGUAUGCUUACUGCAUCGCAGAUCCCUACGGUGUUCUUCAACCGGACGAGGUUCACUUUGGUCUUUCGAAUAAUUGGCGAGAUCCUAACAAUGAGUUCCUUGAUAACAUGGUCACCGGAAGGGAUGUCUUGGUUGGUCGAUUGCCUGCUCAUGUUCCGUCAGAUAUUCAACGUCGCAGAACCGUGUGGAAGAACGAGCUCCGCCACUUCAAAGAUGUCAUUGUUUUCCCGACAACGGGCAGUAUUCCGCUUGCGCAUAUGUUGUCUGGAGGUGAUUACGACGGUGAUACCCCGUGGAUUUGUUGGGACAGGGAAAUUGUCGAAAAAUUCCACAACUCCGAUCUCCCAGACAAGGAAUACCCGCCUCAGCACUUUGGCCUCACGGAACAUUCGGUGCCUAUGGCCCAGCUCUCAUCGACAGAAGACUUCUUACAAAGUGUGUUCGAGUUCAACCUCACCAUGUCCAGCCUCGGAAAGUGCACAGUCGAGCACGAGAAGAUUGCAUAUGACGAGUCAAUCGAAUGCCCCCAAGCGAAAGAGCUGGCCUGUCUUCUCAGCUAUCUUGUCGACGGACGAAAGGGUGGUGUCCAUCUAUCCGAGCUGGCAUGGCAACAGUACCGCAAGAAGAUCAGCCCGAUGAAGCGUCGCCCACCUGCAUACCGACUUCCAGACCGCAAACCGAAAGAGGACAACAUAGUAGACUACUUGAAGUUCGUGAUCGCCGAAUCCCAACGCCAAGCUAUCCUGAAACAGCUCAACGACACCUUUCCAGAAAAUGAAGGCCUCAAUGACCGGGACGAAGACCUUCUCCGUCCAUGGCAAGAAGCCAUCACAGUAGCCAGCGGCCGUGACCACAAUACCCGAGAGUUAUGCCUCGCCUUGUCAACCGUCGAGCAAACGGUCAAGAACCUCUACAGCCAGUGGAGAACAUCCUUCGCCAACCCCAGCGAGACGGAAACAUUUUCUCCCAAAUCACGCGAAGUAAUCGACAAAUUCGCCGCCCUCGGACCACCGUCUGGGUCCCACUGGCUAAUCUCCCUCUGGCAUAACCGCCCCGAAGAAUGGCAGCGCCUACUGGGCUCAUACAUUUACAAACAGCACCCCAAUAGCUCCCUAUCCUUCCACGCUUUCGGCGAAGCUCUCUGCCAGCUCAAAGCAAGUUGCCAAUCCUCGCGCAGCAUUACCCAUGACGUGCUCGCAACCUACAGAGUGAAUCAAAAGAUGGUGGCGCGUCUCAGCGCGAGAGAGAUACCGGACGAAUGCGAGUCGGUGGAGGAAGAUGCGGACGAGUACGAAGACGAGUAUCAAGGUGCAGAGGCUAUUGAGUCGCUCUCAUCUUCCCAGGGCUUGGAAUUCUAUGAUGACUUUGAGGACGACUUGUCCGUUGAAUGA